GCUAAAACCCCACUUGGAGAACGGAGCCGCAAAACCCCCCACAUGAAAAUGGCUCUAUCUGCUGCAAACCCUACUCUCUCUCCCUCUCUCUCUUCUUCGAAACCCUCCCUUCAACUACCUCUCAGAUUCCAGAAAUUCCAUCCAGCUCCCUCACUGGUCCGAAAAUCCCUUCCAUCCAUCUCCUGUACUCUAACACGAGAUCCGGCCGUCCAGAUGGAAGAUAGGAUCUUGCUGAGGCCGGAUUCAUUCGGCCGGUAUGGAAAAUUUGGGGGAAAGUACGUGCCGGAGACGCUAAUGUACGCUCUCUCCGAGCUUGAAACGGCGUUUCGAGCGCUUGCCACGGAUGAGGAUUUUCAGAAAGAGCUGGAUGGAAUUUUGAAAGAUUACGUUGGCCGAGAGACCCCGCUUUACUUUGCAGAGCGACUUUCAGAUCACUACAAACGUUCUAACGGCGAGGGUCCACACAUAUACCUGAAAAGGGAAGAUCUCAACCACACAGGGGCCCACAAGAUCAACAAUGCCGUUGCGCAAGCUUUGCUUGCCAAGCGUUUGGGGAAAAGUCGCAUUAUAGCUGAGACUGGAGCUGGGCAGCACGGAGUUGCGACAGCUACUGUAUGUGCAAGAUUUGGUUUGCAGUGCAUUAUCUACAUGGGUGCUCAGGAUAUGGAGAGACAGUCCCUCAAUGUUUUUAGGAUGCGGCUUCUUGGGGCAGAGGUAAGAGCAGUCCAUUCUGGUACUGCCACGCUGAAGGAUGCCACAUCAGAGGCCAUACGGGACUGGGUAACUAAUGUGGAGUCGACCCAUUACAUUUUGGGGUCUGUUGCUGGGCCACAUCCAUAUCCAAUGAUGGUGAGAGAGUUUCAUGCUGUGAUUGGUAAAGAAACAAGGCGGCAGGCAAUGGAUAAAUGGGGCGGAAAGCCAGAUGUGCUGGUCGCUUGUGUUGGUGGGGGUUCAAAUGCAAUGGGACUCUUUCACGAGUUUGUCGAGGAUACAGAUGUAAGGUUGAUUGGCGUGGAGGCUGCAGGGUUUGGAUUAGAUAGUGGGAAGCAUGCUGCAACAUUGACAAAAGGGGAGGUAGGGGUUCUACAUGGUGCCAUGAGCUAUUUAUUACAAGAUGAUGAUGGACAAAUAAUUGAGCCUCACUCGAUUAGUGCUGGUUUGGACUACCCUGGGGUUGGGCCAGAGCACAGCUUUCUAAAAGAUAUUGGACGUGCUGAAUACUAUAGCAUCACUGAUCAGGAGGCAUUGGAAGCUUUCAAGCGACUGUCUCGAAUGGAGGGUAUCAUCCCAGCCCUAGAGACAUCCCAUGCCUUGGCCUACUUGGAAAAGCUCUGCCCUACACUGCCCGAUGGCACAAAGGUCGUCCUCAAUUGCAGCGGCAGAGGAGAUAAGGACGUCCACACAGCAAUAAAAUAUUUAGAGGUCUGAUGUGGGGUAUGCAUUCUUUCCCAUUUGUUUCAGCUUUAGUAUCUUAAAUCUAUCUAUAGACAGAAAUGUUCUUUCCAUUUUUCGAAAACUUUUGAUAGGGGAAAGGCCAGAAAGCCGUUUUUGAUCUGUUGUUUGUAUGAUGCACAUUAUGUUAUCAUCAAGUGUAUGUUCUUAUUGGAAUAAAAUUGUUAGCGAAGUAGGGUUAUUUUCAAUUAAUCCCUCUGUUGGAUA